AUGAACAUCUGUAGUGCGUACGUGCCACAAACGGGCCUGGACGAGGAAGAGAAAAAGAGAUUUUGGGAGGUUUUGGAUAAGGUGGUAAGAGGUGUGCCUAGUUCAGAUAUGAUUUUCAUAGGAGGGGAUUUUAAUGGACACAUUAGGUCCUUGUCGAUGGGUUAUGAUGAUGUACAUGGAGGUUUCAGGUUCGGGGAUAGAAAUGUUGAGGGAGCUACUCUUUUAGAUUCUGUGAGGGCCUUUGGGUUAGUGGUAGUGAAUUCCAGCUUUUCGAAGAAGGAGGAGCAUCUGGUUACUUUUUGUAGUAGGAUAGGCAAGACUCAAAUUGACUCUUUGCUACUUAGAAAGGGGGAUAGAGUAAUGUGUAAGGAUUGUAAGGUUAUACCAAGUGAGAAUCUUGCGACCCAACAUAGACUUCUAGUUAUGGACUUGGGUAUCAAGAAGGGCAAGAAGAGAUGGGGUGUGGAGGGCCGUCCUAGAGUUAAGUGGGGUGGACUGACUCCAGCUAUUACCCUAGAUAUAGGGGCAAAGUUGAAAGAGAUGGGGGUUUAA